CAACCAUGAACAUGCCAAGACUUCACGUCGACCUUCGAAGUUGAGGCUCGAUACGCGAAAUCGAGCUACGUUCGCGACAACCGUUAGACACCCAGCCCCCAGCCACAUAUUUUGGUGAUAUUUCGAGAGGGAAUCGAGUCGCAAGAAUCGAUACCGACUGUUGAUCAUAUUUGCGACUCCAUUGAACCAUACCCCACCAUGGCGCAAGCUUUAAACUCGUCUGUGGAGCCCACAAACAUCUAUGGCGGAGAUGAGGUAUCUGCAUUGGUGCUGGAUCCGGGAUUCACAAAUACACGAGCGGGAUUCGCUGGAGAAGAUGUUCCCAAGUCGGUCAUUCCAAGUCACUACGGUAUCGUCCGCGAUGUCGCUGCCACAAAGCUGCUCUAUGGCGAUAACGCCAUCCACACACCAAUGUCCAACCUAGAAAUCCAAAACCCAAUAGGGAAGGAUGGAACCGUGGAGGACUGGGAUGCCGCCGCGAAGGUCUGGGAGUAUGCGAUUACCUCGCGCCUGACGAGCUUCAAGCCGACACACCCGUCAAAGAAUGGGCUGAACGAUGACACAAAAGACCUUGAUGCAGAGAUGGAAGGCGUUGAGGAUAAUGAGAGGCCGCUUGAGGAAAACCCGCUUCUGUUGACGGAAACAGCCUGGAACCCUGCCAAGUCUCGAGAGAAGGCUAUUGAGAUUGCAAUGGAGUCGUGGGGUUGUCCUGCGUUCUGGCUUGCACGAAACAGCGUUCUCGCAGCUUUCGCCGCCGGAAAGGCUAGCGCCUUGGUUAUCGACAUCGGUGCAACCAACAUCUCCGUCACGCCGAUCCACGACGGCCUAAUUUUGAAGAAGGGCGUCCAGAAGUCUCCGUUGGCCGGAAACUGGUUGUCAGGUCAAAUCCGCACAUUAUUCAACUCCCCAGAUUCCAAGGUGGACUUAAUACCGCAUUUUAUGGUUGCUAAAAAGACAGCCGUUGAUGCUGGUGCCCCCGCACAAGCGACGUACCACAACUUCGCAAUCCCGCCUACUUCGAGCUAUCGCGCAUUACAGGAGGAGCGUGUCCUUACUGAAUUCAAGGAGUCUGUGGUCCAAGUCUGGCCAGGCCCUGGACGCCUCAGCUCAGGCACAGCUCAAGGCACGACGAAUGAAGACUUUGCCAAGUCGCAACCUGGCCGGGUCUUCGAGAUGCCCAAUGGCUCGAACCAAUUAUGGGGCGUUGACCGAUUCAAAGUUGGCGAAGGCAUGUGGGAUGAGAAGGCGGCGCUACCAGUACCUGGAGAGCCAGCAGUCACCAAGUCACAAACUAUCCCAGAGAUGAUCAAGGCUGCUGUUGCAUCAGUCGACAUGGAUCUUCGCGUCAACCUCCUUCAAAACGUCGUUGUCACCGGCGGUACUACAUUGACCAAUGGCUUCACCGACAGACUGGUCAGCGAGCUCCAGCAAGCAUAUCCAGGAGCACGAGUUAAGAUUCAAGCUGCUGGCCUGACGAGCGAGCGUCGCUUCGGUAGCUGGAUUGGAGGCAGUAUUCUGGGCAGUCUCGGAACCUUCCACCAAAUGUGGAUCGCGAAGAAGGAGUACGACGAGUUCGGCCCGAACGUUGUCGAGAAGAGAUGUAAAUGAGAGGCAUAAAAGUUCAACUAUGUCACGAAAGGUGGUUGGCGUUUGGCGUUAUUUGGCUGCCGCCAUUGCUACAGGAUGCAACUUGGAGUAAGAAGAGAGUGGAGAUUGUGCUCGUUUUAUGAAAGACUGCAACUAGAGGAAAUAAAAGCUCACAAAAUAUGAAGGCAAUGUAUACUUCGCUAUAACAAUUGGUGUGGGUUUUGAGGUUGAUCUUUUUGCUCCAAGUCUCGUGAUGCUUGCUUCCGGGAAAGGGGUUUUAGUGACAACUCCAUGGAAUGAGUG